AUGAAGCAGCAUCACUACCUCAUCACAUGCUUCCCUGUCCAAGGCCACAUCAACCCUACUCUCCAGCUAGCCAAAACCCUGGCCUCCCUCGGCGCCACCGUCACGUUCGCCACCACCGCCGGCGGCCUCAAACUCGUGAAGGACCGCCUCCCCUCCCCGGACGGCCUAACCUACGCCUCCUUCUCCGAUGAGGACGCCCCCGCCAGCGACACAACGACCUACAUGACAAACAUUAGGCUGUGUGGGAUCGAAAACCUCACCAAAAUUCUCCAAAACUCGCUUGACACAGGGCGGCCGGUAACCUGCCUGGUCUACAGCCUCCUCAUGCCUUGGGCUGCUGAGGUGGCGCGUGACAUGAACGUCCCGUCUGCCUUUCUUGCAAUACAAUGCGCCGCAGCCUUUGCCAUUUAUAGCCGAUUUUAUGGAAGCGGCGGCAUUGAUGGAGGAGGGAUUGAUUCAUCGGUUUGUGUUGAGAUAAAAGACUUGCCUACUUUUACUUUGUGUGAUUUGCCAACAUUUGUAUUGCCUCAAAACUAUAUGAAUUCUUUCAUGGGGCCUAUGAUGACAGAGCACAUGAAAGAGCUCGAAACCCUACCUAAACCGCUUGUUCUUCUAAACACAUUUCAAGAACUUGAGCAAGAGGCGAUCAAGGAGCUGGAGAGCAAGCUAAAUGUCAUUGCGAUCGGGCCGUUGAUCUCUGCAAGCAACUCAUUUGGCGGUGACUUGGAAAAUGAGGAGAAGAAUUAUCUUCAAUGGUUAGACUCGAAGCAAGAAAAAUCGGUGGUGUACAUUGCAUUUGGUAGUUUGGUGGUGUUGAGCAAUGAGCAAAAGGUAGAGAUUUUGCAUGGACUUGUGGAGAGAAAGAGGCCCUUUUUGUGGGUAGUUAGAUCACUAGAUAGUGAGGAGGAGGAAGUGAAGAAGAUGUUUGAAGAAGAAAUUCAAAAUUGUGAUGGUAUAAUAGUGACAUGGUGUUCACAAACGGCAGUGUUGAGUCAUAAGUCCAUAGGGUGUUUUGUGACGCAUUGUGGAUGGAAUUCGACUCUUGAAGGUCUGGUCAGUGGGGUCCCGUUGAUCGGAUGCCCACAUUAUUCUGACCAGACGACGAAUGCUAAGCUUGUGGAAGAGGUGUGGGGGAAUGGGGUUAGGGCGAGAAUGAAUGGAGAAGUUGUCAUGAAAAGAGAAGAAUUAGGGAAAUGUUUGGAUGUUUUGAUGGGUGAGGGAGAAAGAGGUAAAGAGAUUAGAAAAAAGGCUUGGUUGUUGAGAGGCAUGGCCAUGGAUGCUGUCAAAGAUGGUGGGUCUACCUACAAUAAUUUGAGGAAGGUUAUGGACACUUCUUGA